CUUCAGUACUUCCUCUUAAAAAUUCACGUGGUGGUUGUGGUGAAAGGGACAGAUUUAUACGAUGGCGAACUUAUAUAUGAGGAAAGCAAGUAAGAGAGUGUCUGCCAAAACUAGAUACAAAGUUGAGAAAAAAGUUAGACAGCACAAGAAGAAAGUGAAAAAGUUAGAAAGGAAAAAUGGCAGCAAAAAGAUGAAAAAGGAUCCAGGGAUCCCAAACAGUUUGCCGUUUAAAGAAAGUGUCCUAAAGGAAGCACAGGAAAGGAAACAAAGGCUAGAAGAAGAACAAGAAAAAAAGAAACAAAAGCGGAAGAAGGAUAGAGCAAGGAAUUUAGCAAAGAAGAGAAAUUUAGAAGGAAUGCUAAAAGAUGCACAGAAAAGGGGUGGGGAGUUUGAAAAGAAGAAAACAGUGACAGAAGAUAAUGGCAAAGCCUCAGGAAAAGCAGUGGAGACUUCUCUUAAGGCGUUUUACAAAGAAUUCAGAAAGGUAGUGGAUGUUGCGGACGUGGUACUGGAGGUACUGGAUGCACGGGACCCUUUGGGGAGUAGGUGUGCCGAGAUGGAGGAGGCAAUCAUCAGCAGUGGAGCCAACAAACGCCUAGUGCUGGUUCUCAAUAAAAUAGACCUUGUUCCACGUGAGAAUGUUGAGGCUUGGCUGACUCACCUACGGAAUGAGUUCCCCACAGUGGCCUUUAAGGCAUCCACACAGACACAGGCAGAGAACCUGAGUCAGAAAAAAGUGACUAGCUUAGCCACGGUGAGUGGUGACCUUCUCAAGUCCAGUCACUGUAUAGGAGCCGACAUCUUGAUGAAGCUGCUGGGCAACUACUGUCGAAGUCGAGACAUCAAGACAGCCAUACGAGUGGGCGUGGUUGGCUUCCCUAACACUGGGAAGAGCAGUAUAAUAAACAGUCUGAAGAGAUGUAAGGCCUGUAACGUGGGAUCACAGCCAGGAAUUACUAGAGCCAUGCAAGAGGUACAUUUAGACAAAUAUAUAAAUCUGCUGGACAGUCCUGGGGUUGUCAUGGCGACGGGAGCUAGCGACAUGUCUGUGAUAUUGAGGAAUUGUGUCAAGUUGGAAAGCCUAGCAGAUCCUGUGGGGCCAGUGGAAGCCAUAUUGAAGCGUUGCUCUAAAGAACAGUUGAUGAUCCAUUACCGAGUGCCAGAUUACAGCAACGUCAACGACUUCUUGGCUCUAUUGGCAAAACGAUUCGGGAAACUAAAAAAAGGGGGAAUACCUGAUGUAGGCAAAGCUGCUAAAACCGUAUUACACGAUUGGACAUGUGGACGGAUCACAUACUACACACAGCCUCCGGAGCAGCACACCCUUCCAACCCACAUCAGCGCUGAAUUUGUCACGAAAAUGGGCAAGGAAUUCUGUUUGGACGAUCUAUUAUCACAGGAACAAAAGAAUCUUCAAGGGUUAGAGACCCGGAGUCAUAAACACAUGCUGGUGGAUUCCCUGGGGGCAGCCAAGGUCAUUAUGUCAGAGUCUGACCUUGAGGCCUUGGACACAAAGAUUGACAGUGAGGAGGAGGAGGAGGAGGAUUAUGAGUUUGAUGAUGAUGAGGAUGAAGAGAACAUGGAGGGUUCUGACCUAGAAAAAGAUGAGGAAGAAGAUGAAGAUGAUAUGAUGAACCAGAUGACAGUCUCUAUUGACGCUAAAAAGAAAGGAGGUAGGACCCCAAAGAAAGGACAAGGAUCAGUGGAGAUGAAAACUGUCGGAGGGUCAGCUGAGAAACACAAAUUGAAGGUCAAAGCCAAGAGAUCCAAAGGCGAUAGGAAAGCGGCACAAGAGAAACUCAAUAAUGGACUAUUACAACUCAACAAGCAAAGGAAACAAGACUUCAAAAAGAUGAAGAAACAAAGGAAAAGAGCAGAUAAAGUGGCUGGAGAUCUUUCUACUGCAAUGACAGAAGCAUUCAGUAUUGGUAUGGAUUAGACGUCCGAGGACAACUAGAACAAGUGUUGGAAUAGAUAGGAAAGACUGUUAUUGCUGUCUAUAUCUGAUAUUUCUGUCACCACUGAGACUGUUAUCUACCUUUGGCGAGAGAGGAUCUACUUGUGAAACUUGUGAACUUUACCAGUAUAUUAAACUUAAACCACCUU